UAUUGAUGCUCCAGCAACGAUUAAAUUGGAAGCUAGGAAAAAUUGUCAAUCGUCUUAAUGUCACAGCUUAGAGCUCCUUAAUUUUAUACGCUUAAAUCUUACAAAUAUGUGGUACAUUUGUAUUAAGAGAGUUGAAAAGGAUCUUCAUAAAACAUUUAUAAUGAAUUAUUCGAAUAUAUCUCUCAUUAAAACAGUGUUGAGGCGACACUCUAAUAUUAAAUAGUAUGAUAAUUCUUCCUGUUAAUUUCAUUACGAAUAAUAUAAAUUCAACACUACCACGCCAAAAUAAUAUACCUUUGUAGUGCGCUCGCCACCUGAUGACGUUCAUACCUUUUGCCUGUGCGCCCAGAGCCCAUGCGCACGCAAGGAGUUUUAAGUAGUGAAUGCGAUGACAUACGUUUAUUCGCAAAUAAACUACCAAUCGCCCAGCAUCCAGGCAUAGCGCUCGCAAGGCAUAAGGCAAGAGAUGUUUAGGGUGCGUCGGUCUUGCACAAUUUUUCGCUGAUAUUGCCCAAGUGUGAAAUAUUGCAGUUCUGCGCGGAUGGGAGUCUGUGACCGUCGAUUGUGUGCCAAAUGAAGAUGCAAGGCCUGUGCUGUUCCAAGUGCUCCACAUUAAUCCUACUGCUUUUUUAUUUGAAUCACGUAGGACAUGCCCUGAGUGGAAGAUGCCCUACAGGUUCCGUGUUAGAAUUGCCGACGGAUUCGAAGGUAAAAAAUGGAAGCUUGGUUAUCGAAGGAGUUCUGUACGAAAGUGUACCUACCUGGAAUGAUGGCUCAAAACACUAUGUGUGUGAAUGCGACCUGAAACCUUGUUUCAGAAAAUGUCCAGAAGAGGUACUGCGGGAAAAUUUGUUGAAACAGAUUUCAAAUAAAACCAUGGUGCAAAUCGGCAUGGAAAGAAAUGAGGAACAUCUCUUAAAAGUUAUUACUCUACUUGACGAGUAUAUUGAUUGUCACCUUGGAUCAGAAGUAUAUUUUAACAGUCCAGGGAUCGAUGAUUAUAUUCUGUCAUCUAAUGGCGAGCUCAUUUUCCUGAGUGAUAACCAAACUCUUAAUUCAACUGAAUUUUGCAUAGGUGACACUGGAGAAAAUGCAACAAAUGCAGUUUUAUUGUGUGGUGAUGAGACUCCGCACCAUCACGAUUUAUUCAGGAAAUUGAUUUUCACACUUACAAUGAUAUCCACCGUGAUGCUGUUUCUCAACUUCAUCGUAAUUGUGUUGACAAACGAGUUUAAAAGCCUAUAUGGGAAGAAUCUAGCCUGCAUGUCUAUUACUUUGAUGGCUGGGUUGGCAGGGCUCACCUUUAUAGCACUCACAGGACACACAAUGCAUAAAUAUGUGUGCAAAAUUGCCGGAUACGCCACAUAUUUUUUUAUGCUCAGUUCCUUCUUCUGGCUAAACGCAAUGUGUUUCGACAUUUUCUUGAGCAUCAGGAAUCUCCAAAAUUCAACCAGGUCUCGAUUUGAUUCAUUCAACCGUCGAUUUUUGGUCUACUCCGUUUAUUCCACUCUGAGCCCAUUUGUGUUUUGCGUUAUUGCUGUCAUAUGUGAUAAUACGCUCACCUCAGAUGCUUUUUUAUACCCUGGGUUUGGCGUUGAAAAUUGUUGGUUCCGACAUGGUCCAGGCGUGUUCGUCGAAGAUAUAUUUUUCCAUGGGCUAGUCUUCGUUUUAAUGACUGUGAAUAUUGUCUUUACCGCAUACACCGUGUAUCAACUCAAAAAGCUCAGCCGCAACGCAGGACACGAUGACAGGCAGAAAGCCAUGGUGCAUUUCAAGCUGUUCUUCUUGAUGGGUGCUACUUGGCUGUUCGAACCAAUUUCAGCUUGGUGCCUCAAUGAACCAAACUGGUUCUUCUGGCCAAUGGAUGUCAUUAACGCUUCUAAGGGAAUUUUUAUUUUUAUUCUCUGCGUUAUUUUCAACCCAAGAGUGAGAAAUUCGAUUAUUAAGCCAUGCAAUGAACGCACUGGACAAACCACUUCAAGUAGCAAUACUGGCGUUAUGAUGCAGGAUCUGCCUGACAAUGAGACAACAAGUUUAAAUCACUAAUCCCCUAUUUUGCUAAUCGUGCUUUUGCCGAGAUAUAUUGUGACUAAUUUAAAAAUUGGAUUUUGAUCCUUGCAAUAAAAUUAUUGUUACUAAAAUAUAAAUAUAAAUAGCCACUUUUUCUAGGCAUUUUUUCGGAAGAUUUAAUUGAAAUGAUUGGCAAGGCAUAAAGUUCAUCUCCUACACUUAAAUAAACUUGUUAAUACCCCAUUCCUUGGAUUUAAAAUAAUGCAAAAUGUCAACAUGCUUGUCUUUAUACGGAUGAAGCAAGUAAAAAUAUGUAGAUUUUCUAGGUUUUAAAAUUUUGUAGAUUGUUCAGUUGAUUUUUCCUGAAUAAAUAUAUAGGAGUUUUACUAUAAUAUGCUAGCCAUAUAAA